GUGAUGUCGCCACCUGUCGGCCUGGAGGCUGAAGUGACAGGGCAGAACAUGUGAGCUGAGCACAGCUUUGUGCGGUAGCAAACGGCGGGGUAAUGGCACGCUUAGUCGUUUAGAAACACGCCGUCUGCUGGGUUUUUCUUGCUGCAUCCUACCGUGUUCCACCUGUCCGGCCUGGGGAAGCAGGCAGAGCGGGGCGCUGCCUGGCUGGAAGAUAGCGCUGCUGCUGCUGCUAGCUAAGCUAACGUCAGCUAACCACUGCCAGCGGUAGACGUUCGGGCCAAACAUGGCCACUGUUUCUAUUCCUGCCCGCACUUCUGCACUUUUACUGGACAUCGAGGGAACCACCACGCCAAUCACCUUUGUUAAGGACACACUGUUUCCUUAUAUCAUCGAGCAUCUGGAGGAUCAUCUGUCCACACACUGGGAGGAAGACGAAUGCAAACAAGACGUUCAUCUGCUCAAAAAGCAGAUGGAAGAGGACAUGAGGCAGAACCGGGCGUGUCCCGUCCACACCGUGGAUCAGACCGUUCACACGGAUGAGGAGAAGGCCAUCAGAGAGGUGGUGGAGAACGUGAUGUGGCAGAUGGCGUCGGACAGGAAGUCCACGGCGCUCAAACAGCUCCAGGGUCACAUGUGGAGGGCCGCUUAUACGUCUGGGAGAAUCAAAGGUCUGUUUGCAAACAGGAUCUACCCCGAUGUGGUGCCGUCGGUCAAAACGUGGCGAGAACGCGGCCUGAAGGUUUACAUUUACUCCUCCGGAAGCGUGGAGGCUCAGAAACUCCUGUUCGGAUACUCUGUGGAAGGAGACGUCUUAGAUCUCUUCGAUGGCCACUUUGACACCACAAUAGGGGCCAAAGUCGAGGCUAAGAGCUAUGAGAGGAUCGCGGAGCGGAUUGGCUGCCAGCCGGAAGAAAUCACCUUCCUGACUGACGUAAGCAGAGAGGCCAAAGCGGCAGAAGAAGCCGGGCUGAACGUCCUGGUGGUGGUGCGGCCCGGGAACAUGGAGCUGACGGACGAGGAGAGCGCUCACUACAACCUCAUUACCUCCUUUAGUCAACUGCAGCUGACGGGACGAGCUUAACACGCAUCCGCCUUUCCCUUCUCUCCUGUCCAUCUUUUUUUUUUUUUUUAACUACUCCGCUGUUGUUGAUUCUGACUGGAGAGUAACUGGGACUCUUUUUUUUUUUUUUUUUUGUUCACCGUGUGACUAACUUGCACUCCUUUAAACUUUUCCACAUUUUGUGACACACCAGCCAAAAGUAGUUCUUAAUCAUGAGGUCGGAGGAUAUUGAGUUGCAUAGUUUUCUUUUAUUAUUAUUUUUUUUUUUUUUUUCAUAGAACCAACUUGAGUUUUGGCUGAAAGGUUUUUGGAGUACGUCUCUUUUUGAUUUGCAGAGGCCUACAUCUGACUCGUUCUCGGUCAAUCUCCACCUCCGCCUCCAGUCUUUUACAGCCUCGGACAGGUUUUCUUCCAGGAUUUUGCCUUUUUUCACCGUCAUCCUUCUUCCCAUCGACAAGACUCCCCACAGCGUGAUGCUGCCACCACCGUGCUUCACGGUGGGAGACGACGUGUUCAUUGUGUCUUCCUUCACACCCAGUGCUCUUUAAAAGUUCUUUAAACUUCUCCACAACCUAAGGGGUAUCAGCAGCUCAACACAAAUUCCCACCAUAGUUGUUUUUUUUUUUAACUUGCUAAAAAUGUUCAACCAUGUAUCCUUUUCUUUCCACUUUAUUGUUACGCAACCCUCUGUCGGUCUGUCCCAAUAAAAUACGUAGCAGUUUGA